UAGAGACCAUCAUCAGGCGUCAUGGAACGCUAGCAAACUUUGUAAAACAAAACUUUGCCUAUCCACACAUGCAACUGCGCCUCAUGCGGGUAGGGCGCUAGCUUGUACAAUUGUAAACUUAACCAUAUCUCGUCUCUCUCACCAGUCAAAACUGGAAGGUCAGAUGGAGAGAGAGUCCCUCGUCCCUCCAAAGUCCCCUCACAAGCCAGUCGUCAAUUCACCAACACAUGUCUGCAAACAUCCCGUCCCGGCUAUGCUAGCAAGCCACACAACCCUGUCGACGUGAUUAUCGCGGCAUCUGAUAACCCGGCCUAUCCUAGGAAAUCUUAUCUGAUCGAUCGGUAAGAACAAUCGCCCUCUUCUCUGCAUCACAUUUUCUCCAAAAUCCUCCCGCCAGUGCCGUCGCUGGUCCGGCUUCGCUGAUCUCACUAAGAGAAUGUCGUAAAGGGCAACUAAAUACUCAUCUAGUCGGAUCCUCGAGUUCCUGCCGUCCGUGAAUUUAUCAUCAAUUACCAUCGGUCAAACAUCGUGCCUUCUUGAAUGGAAAUUAACACCGUCGGUCUGGAAUACUACAAGCGAUCAUCAGCUACGUUUAAUUCUUUAAUAUGGCAAUGUCGUUGUCAUACUUCUCUAUUUUACCGGCGCUGCUUCUUGCCUUCUCCCUCAUAGCAGAAGCAGCUACCGUUACUUACGACUUUAACGCAACGUGGGUCCGCGCCAAUCCAGAUGGACUAUUCGAGAGACCGGUCAUUGGUAUCAAUGGAAAAUGGCCUCUACCAGUGAUGGAGGCAAAUGUUGGCGACCAAGUUAUCGUCAAUUUCCAAAAUCAACUUGGUAACCAGACUACAACACUUCACUUCCAUGGUUUAUUCCAGAAUGGUACGAGUUAUAUGGAUGGACCGGGACAGGUUACUCAGUGUCAGGUUCCUGAUGGAGGUAGUAUCGUCUACAACUUUACUGUAAGCCAAUCCCAAGAAGAAAAUAAGCAGCAAAGACUUACGAAAGAAAGGCUCAACAAUCUGGCAUGUAUUGGUAUCAUUCUCAUCAUCAAGGUCAAUAUCCAGAUGGGAUUCGAGCACCAUUCAUCAUUCGUGACCCAGAAUUCCCAUACAAAGAUAAGUAUGACGAGGAGAUUAUUUUGUCGGUUUCCGAUUGGUACCAUGAGGAAAUGACAACGUUGAUUCCAAAGUUCCUUUACAAGGGCAAUCCAACUGGUGCAGAACCUGUUCCACAAUCAGCACUGAUGAACGAUACCCAAAAUUUGACGGUUGCUGUCCAACCAGGCAAAACUUACUUGUUCCGUAUGGUUAACAUUGUAUGUUAUUAUCUUUCCCUUGCCUCUUCGAAUUGUUGAUUUUGGUGACCGAGAGGAUGUUUCUUUAUUGAAGGCUGCUCGGGGAAAUUGAAUGCUAAUUGAUUGUAGGGAGCUUUUGCGGGGCAAUACAUCUGGUUCGAGGGCCACAAUAUGACUAUUAUUGAGGUCGAUGGUGUCUUUACCGAAGCUGCAGAGGCUUCCAUGAUUUACAUUUCUGCCGCUCAGAGAUGCAGUUUCCUCCUUACGACGAAGAACGAAACAACUAGCAAUUACGCCUUUGUGGCAAGUAUGGAUACCGUGAGUCGAGUUCUCCCAGUCUAAAUUAAAUGUGCUGACAAGAAUCAGAGUCUUUUCGAUGUCAUGCCUGAUGGUCUCCAAUGGAACUCAACUUCUCAUCUUGUCUAUAACAAAGACCUCCCACUCCCCGAGGCACAGCUUGUUGAUGAGCUCAAGGAGUUUGAUGACUUUACUCUCGUGCCUUUUGAUAGAGAAGCUUUGUAUCCAGAGCCAGAUCAAACCAUUAGCCUCGAUGUGAUCAUGGACAAUCUUGGUGACGGAAAGCCAUAGUACGUACAUUCUCGGGUUCGUAGUAUGACCAUACUGACUUCGAAUUCAGUGCCUUCUUUAACAACAUCACCUAUGUCUCUCCAAAGGUUCCUACACUUUAUACGGCCAUGACCACCGGUGCCGACGCUAGCAACCCUCUGGUUUAUGGGGAAUAUUCUCAUCCAUUUGUUCUUGAAAAGGACCAGAUUGUGGAAGUUGUUGUGAACAACCUUGGUUAGUACUCAAGACCUGAAACUCAAAAUGGCUUACUGACAAUUCUCAGACACUGGAAAACACCCCUUCCAUCUUCACGGGCACAACUUCCAAGCCAUCGUUCGAUCGGAUGAAGAAGCGGGCGCCUUUGAUGCAACAAAUGCCACCCAGACUCAAUAUCCUUCAAUACCAAUGAGAAGAGAUACAAUUGUUCUCCGUCCAAAUGGUAAUACUGUAUUGAGAUUCAAGGCCAACAAUCCCGGUGUUUGGCUUUUCCACUGCCAGUAAGUGCCUCAAAGCCCCAAGAAAAGGUGUCAUCUGACCAUGCCCAGUAUCGAAUGGCACAUGGACCAAGGCUUGAUUGCCACAUUCGUGGAACAGCCUCUUGAGAUGCAGAAAAGUCUCAUCAUCCCAGAUGACCACAAAGCCAUCUGCGAGUCCCAGAAGAUUCCCACCGCGGGCAACGCAGCAGGAAACACAGUGAACUUUCUCGACUUGCAAGGACAAAACAAGGCUCCAGACCCACUACCAGCGGGUUUCACCCCAAGAGGAAUUGCCGCUCUGGCUUUCAGUGUUUUGGCGGCCAUCUUGGGUUGUGCUGUUAUUACAUGGUAUGGACUGGCGGAUAUGGGGGCGGCGAGCCAGAGAGAGGAGGAGAGACGUUUGGCUGGUAUGGAUGGGAGUGAGGGUGCUACGAGAAAAGACUCGGGAAGUGAGGCCUCGGAUACUAAGGUUCAUUCUCUUGACUAA